AUGUUUUUCUCAAUGAACGGCUCAGGCCGUUCGCGAGACGGGCCUGUUGAGACAACUCUUUACGAAAUUCUCGGGGUUGAACCAAAUGCAACGAACGAAGAAAUCAAGAAAUCGUAUCGUCAGUUGGCAAAAGAAUAUCAUCCUGAUAAAAAUCCAAAUCAUGGUGAGAAGUUCAAGGAGAUUUCUUUUGCUUAUGAAGUUUUAAGCAACCCUGAGAGAAGGGAACUGUAUGAUGAACGAGGGCUGGAUGGGAUUAAGAGUGGAAGCGGCGGCUUUUCCGGAGCUGAAGAUUUGCUUUCUUCGUUUUUUGGUGGGACUGGAUCCUUCUUUUUUCCUGGGAGUGGAAAACGUCGUAAACGUGGACAGGAUAUGGUGCAUUUCCUUCAUGUUUCUUUAGAAGAUUUAUAUAAGGGUAAAACUUCACGACUCCAACUUUCGAGGCGGGUGAUAUGUUCGUCGUGUAGGGGUACCGGCACCAAAGACGGUUUGUCUCGUGAAUGUACAGGUUGUAAAGGCGCAGGAAUAAAGACUGAAUGUCAGAGACUUGGAGUGGGCUUGAUAAGACAAAUGCAGGUGCAGUGUUCGGAGUGCGGUGGCUCAGGUUCAAGAAUUUCCGAAAAAGAUCGGUGUAAACAAUGUAAGGGCGAUAGAACACUUAGAGAGACGAAGGUACUUGAAGUACAUAUCGAAAGAGGGAUGCAUUCAAGACAAAAAAUCUUUUUCCGCAAGGAAGCCGACGAGGAGGCAAGGACUUUUAAAAUUUUUUUGCAUUCAACACGAUUCUCUCCAGGUUAUGAAACUGGUGACGUGGUAAUAGUCUUGGAGCAAGAUGAGCAUAAAGUGUUUCAACGGCAAGGGGAUGAUUUAGUGAUGGUGAAGAAAAUAUCUCUCUGUGAUGCGUUGUGUGGCUUUAAGUUUGUGGUAAAACAUUUGGACGGAUCUUCCUUGCUCAUUGAGUCUCCACAAGGGGAGAUAUUGGAGCCAGAUUGCAUUAGAGGUGUACGUGGACAGGGUAUGCCAAUACAUGGGAACCCGGAAAGCCGCGGAACUCUUUUCAUUAAAUUUGAAAUUGAAUUUCCAGACGUUCAUUUUCUUGAGAAGAAAGAGGAUUAUGAGUUGUUGAGAAAAAUACUUGGUGGGGACGAAUGGCCUGAACAUUUGCCUACGGGAGAAAAUGUUGAAGAGGUUUCUUUAAUGCCAUUUGACGAAGGUCGUUAUGAGAGGCGUGGGCACGGCAGCGGCGUAAGAGAGGCGUACCAGGACGACGAUGAUGAUGAAUAUGAAGGUUUUCCAAUGGGUGGAGGUGCUCAAAGGGUGCAGUGCGCUCAGUCCUAG